GAUCAAGAGGACGACGAGGACGGCUUCAAACCGUCCUUCAACAAGACGGCGUACGGCGGCCCGCCGCCCGCCCAGCACCUGGUCGUCAACACGAGCUCGUCGGGCACGCCGCGCACCUCCGUGUACCGGGGCAACCCCCCGGAGUACGAGGACCGCGCCCGGGGCACGACUCAGCGCCCGACGCAGCGUAACGGCAACGGCAACGGCAACGGCAACGGCCUGGACGCGGGCUGCUACUUCUCGCCGACGCCGCUGGCGACGCAGGACAACGGCGGCCUCGACGGCUGCGGCAACGGUGGCAGCGUCGGCGCCGGGGCGCCGACUGGCGGUGGCGGCGGCGGCGGCGGCGGCUCCCGGGGGCGGUCGCCGUCGCUGUCCAUCGCCCCCGCCUGCGGCCCCAAGUGGUGUCGCUCCAAGCUCUUCGGCAUCCUGGGCAUCCUGCUCAUGGUCGCGCUGGCCGUCAUCGCCGCCCUCAUCCUGCACGCCGAAU